CGCAACCGCCCGCGCCCAGGAAUCUCACGGCCCUCAAGUGACUCGACCCCGGCGCGCUGCAUGGCCGAGCCUCGGGGUAAGAAGAAGGCUGGGCCAAGUAACAAGAAGGGGGCCAAUCCGCUCAAGGCCAGGCUUAAAGGGCAGACAACUGCUGCGGGGGAAGGAGGGGCCUCAGCAUCCGGAUCAACACCAGGCAAUGAUAGGGACGAAGAGGCGUGCGGCCCACUCUUCGAAGCCACCCUUUCAGGCCCGCUGAUCACGCUUCUCUUCACAUCCAAAGCGAACCAGCACGCCACCUUGGCCCGAAUCGAGGCCUUCUACGAGUCUGCGAGUCAGGCGAGACGAUACUUGAGUCUGGAGGAGGCGGGCAAGGCAAGGCUAUGCCAGAACUAUGAGGCUUUCAACCUCCCGCUGAGCGUGGCGCGGGAGUGGUUGCGGGAGAUGCGCGCGAAAGAGGAGGCAGGGGGUGAGGAGGAGCAGGAGCAAGAGCAGGACGGACAAGCAGUAUGGUGGGCUGCAUUCGUCAAUGCAGAGGAGAAGGAGCUCUUGACCUUUCUCGACGAGAGAGGAGUCCUCACCAGCCCGCCUCGCGCUUCCUCCCCAAGCUACCUCAUCUCCUCCCUCGUCACACAACAAUCCACCUCACUCCCGCACGAACGCUUGCACGCCCUGUACCACCUUUCAGAGCUGUAUCGCUCCCUCGUCACGGACCAUUACUCGUCGCUCACGAAACGGGCACGGAAAGCCAUCGAGACGGAUCUGGGGAUGCGGGGCUAUGGGCAGACGGUGUGGGAGGACGAGUGGCAGGCUUAUGUCGUGCAUGGAGAGGAGGAGGUCGGGGGUGGGGUGGCCAAGGGGGAGAAUGGCGAGGCAAGGCAAGCGCUGAGAGAGACGGUGCGUGAGGAGGGUUGCAGACUAGGCUUGGGAGGAACGGGCUUCUGGUAACGAAGCGCGGGGCUGCCCCGAGCCGCGAUAUCCAUCUGUAAGCAUGUUUGAUAGACGAAUCGGAUUGCGACCCAUGAUUGGCAUU